AUGGCUCACGUCACGCUGAGUGAUGGCUUAGCCGUCUGGGAACUCGUCUACUACGUCGUUACACUCAUCUGCAGCGUAUUUGUAUCUUUUCGGCACGGCCUAGCGCGGAGUUCAGGCUGGAUUUUUCUCACGAUACUUAGCAUCAUGCGUGUCAUCGGUUGCUCUGCACAGAUUGCAACGAUAACUGCCACAUCUGACACUGCCGAGACCAUUGCUACCAUUGCUGGCUUCUUGGGUCUGUCACCGCUCUUGCUAGCAACACUAGGAAUUUUAUCUCGAGUAUACUAUUAUCUCCUUAAACGGCCGUACAACACUAUCUUCAAUUUAUUUAUUGCGAGAAUCGUUCAAGUCCCAGCUGUUGUCGCCCUCAUCCUCUGUAUUGUUGGAGCAACAUCGGCAGACACCGCAACCGAUAUUAUAAACCAAGACACGGUAAAGGCUGGAGUUAUUGUGUACCUGGUUGUCCUGAUUCUCCUCACCCUUCUGACGAUAGGCGCCAACAUUACGCGCUACAUAACAGAACGGCAAGGUGAAAGUAGAAUGCUACUUGUCGUAACAUUGUCACUACCGUUCUUGUUUAUUCGCAUAAUCCACUCUCUUCUUCUCAUUUUUAACAAACGAUUCCAAGAUUCGGCAGCAGAGGAAUCAACGUCAUCUGUCCUGAUAGAACUAUUCAUGGCAAAGGUCGAGGAGAUGAUCGUCGUUUUCCUGUAUUUGUAUGCCGGUUUUACGCAUAAAGCCGUUCCAGAAAGAAAUCAUGGCAAGCGAACCACUGAGGAAAAGCUCGCGCAUCGGGCUGCUAGAGGAGAUUUUGGCGGUGGCAAGUUGGGAGUACUAUCUCUGGCAGUCGCAGCAGCCAGCGCAAGCUUCAGCAGAGAGAAUUAUAACCAGAGUCAGCAUCAACCCGCUGAAAUUGGGUUGAGACAGCAGCACCGAACGAGGGAGUAG